AUGACAAAGGAUAUGGACAUACACGAGUUCCACGUGCAUCUGCAGAGAACCUUCGGGGGGGACCCCGAGAAGGUGAAGGAGUGGUACAAGUCGGAAGGGUUCUUGUGUGGCUACCCGCUCCUACCAGGGCGCAAGGAGCCGAUGAGCGAGGAAGAUGCAGCAGCCAGCUUCCUCGAGGUUUUCGGCCCUCUUGCGACACGCUGGGCUGCGAUUGGUCUUGUCUCGGAGGCUUCUGCCACGAGCAGCCAGAUUUUGGCGAAUCGCGAUAGGUGGGGUGCAGCACUGGUAGUCAUAAGGUACAUGGACGGCAAGAACGGGAACUGCAUGUGGCGGAACCGUUGGGCCAAGCAGGCACGUGGCACAGUUCUGUUCGCGAAUCCGGAGGACGUGUCCGACGUGAGAGUACUGAACUUCAAGCUCCCUCGCGGGGCAGAGGUGAAGACUUUCCUUCACACUGAACGGGGCGUUUCGGAGACGCAAGACUUUGUGGGAAAUGCAUACAACCAUCUGGAUGAUUGGACCAUCAAGACUUGUGACUGCCUCCGGAUGGGAGGCAAGAUCAGGGGUCACCUUUCAUUCAAGGGUGAUGGAUCCCUCAUGACCUUCACCCUUGCGACAGGAAGUGCGGCAGAGCUGUGGCAGCCAAUUCUGGAGUUGUGGGGAAGCCCUUGGGUCAGAGCGUGGAACGACCUGUGCCGCAAUGUCUGUGCCGAAGAUGGAGUGUCGGAGACCUUGGUCUUGGUUCCAGCAACCAAUGGGGUGGCAAUGAUGGACGACUUCAUGGUCAGCUACAUGACCACCGGACUUCUUGUGGGUACAGGUGCAGCCAGCCGCGAUGCGCUGCUGGAGGUUGAGCGUCGGGGUGGGACGGCAGUGGAUGCAUUGUGGCAGCACGGCGCCGAGUUCGUCCGAAGCCUUGUCCGCUUCCGCUUGGGAGGAGCUUUCGCUUUGAAGGAGACCGUCACCCUGUCCUUCGAGGUGAUGGUCGCGCACCUGAGGGGUCUCUUCGGCGACCGGUACCACUCCGAGUUGGCCGUGAGCUACGACCGUGACCGUGCAGUCUUUCUGGGUGCCAGCUGUGCGCUCCAGUUCUACCCACACUACUGCUUUGAGCACCCUUUCGAGGAGCCACUCUACUGGCCAGUCUCGCACAGUGAGGAUGUAGCCAAGAUGUUGACGGCGCUGGAGAAGCUUGCCAGGACGGAGAUCACCAAAGAGGAGUUCUUUGCAGACUGCCCCCCCGCUUCCCAGACCUGUGAGGACGCCAUCAUCGACUACGAAGGCUGGGUCUUCCAUGUGAGCCUGGGACCCUGGGACGAGAACCUCGAGGUCGCCCCAAAAGAGAGCGCUCCGGCCACUCUGUAUACGAAGAUCAAGACGCCACUCUACUACCGCUUCCACAAGGUCUGGAAGGGCCCUGAGGGCCGUGCAGAGACUUUGGAGGUCGCGCCGUUGGUUCAGCAGACUUUCCCCAAGGCCAAGCGCCUCCUUGAGGUCUUCGCUACCGGAGCUCUGCAGCUCCGCAUGGAAAAGAUCAUGGACCAGGUGACGCGCCUUUUUCAUUUCGACGACCCGGAGAAUGCUCUCCUUGCGCACAUGAGGGCCAGGGAUUCGGGUGCCAAGGGCAGCCCCUUACAGGGCUUCGGGGACCGGCCCUACGAAACUCAGUGCAAGAUCGCCAUCAAUGCAAAAACGAGUCCUUUCGGCGAUAUGCUGAUGGCUCUCUUUGUGGAGGAGUUCUCCUUCGUGAAAGAGGAGGAUCGUGAGCUAAAGAUUGCCUUGAAGAGCAUGGUCAUGAAGAUGCAGCCCUGGGCUCCCUUGCUAAGAGGCUACGAUCCAACUGAUCCGCUUUUUGAGCCACUGGUUGCCGCUUGCAUGAGGGGUGCAUAA